AUGACCACAAUCGACGAACUUCUGCCUGAAUUAAUUCAAGAUGCUAAAGCUUUGGGCACCGUUAAGGAUGAAAAAACUCGUCUUUCUCUACACAGCAAGAUAAAGGCAUUAUGCGACGCUGCUCGUAAUAUCUGUUCACUGACUGGCGACGAAGAUAAAGAGCAUAUGCAAGAGCUCGCGUACAAAUACGCAAAAGCAUCCGACAAGCUCAUCUUUACUUUCGGUCGAGGAACGGUGGCUGACAAGGAAAAUGAGAUUUUAGAUUUAGCGAGGGAGGUCGGAGACAAGACGUCAAUGUUGCUAAUGAAGGCGCAUGAGCUUAUCAAGUUGGCCGACUCCGACGCGCGGGCUGAUGCGCUGGACGCGGCCGGAGUGCGCUGUGCUGACGCCUCCCAGCUGCUAAUGGCUUGUGCACAGUUAACAGCUUCUUCUAUUGACGAACCGCACUGCCAAAGUGCAAUGACCGCCGCUGCAGAAUCGCUGGCUUCAUCAGCUCAACAACUUGCUGCGACUUGGAAGCCACUAGUAGAAGAACCUGGUCAUAAGAUGUUCGAAGAAAGCCUUUUGACUCAUACAAUGGACCUAAUGAAGGCUUUGGAUAAGUUGAAAGAAUCUUAUGCCGAUUUAUCAGUUGAAGAAAAUGUAGCAGGAGAUGAUACGAACAAAAAAGAAAACGAACGUCUUAAGUUUAUCGCCACGAUGAGAAGUGCGGUAAAUAACAUUUCGGAUGCACAGAAAGACUUAGACAAGCCUUCAAUAACAACGGCCGAGGGUGAAAACACGAAAGAGUUGAAGCGUAUAAUGGGACAACGUCUGUCGUUGUUGAAUGCUUCGAUUGCAUCUCUAAUGCGUGCUACUGCUGAUCGGGAGCACCCUGAUUAUGAUACGGCCGAAGAAGCAAUGGCUAUUGUGGCUGAAUUGAUGCCGGAACUCGUUCGUGAUGUAAAAAUUAUAAAUGCUAUGAAGGACGAAAAGGCUGGACGUGCUUUGAUUAACGAUAUUCGAGCAUUAUGUGAGGCAACUCAAGACAUUUCUUUAGCAUCAGAACAAGGGUCUAUGCAAGAUGUAAACGAUGCUGCAUCAAAAUUCGCUAGAUACUCGUCGAAACUUUGCUACGCGUUUAUCCCGCAUGUUGAUCCCAAAAAGGAAAAUAUGAUCGUUGAUCUGUCAAAAAUUGCGUGUGAAAAGGCUUCCCAACUACUCACUCACGUGAACCAGCUUGUGGAUGAAGUUGGUGGGGAUGACGGCGAGCGAUUGGAUGUUUGUGGAGCUAAGCUUGUAGACGUUGUUCAAGCACUACUCACUGCUGCACAGAUAACAGCACCAUCUUUUGCUGACGCACGUUGUCAGUCCACGAUGUUAUCAGCGGCGGAUGAUGUAUCUUCUUUAUCAAAUGAGCUUGCGUAUACUUGGAGUCCUCUAGUUCGUGGUACGGAACGACAGUUGUUACAGCGUAAUCUGGACACUGGUCAUGCUGAGUUAGAAACUGCUCUGAACAAUUUAAGAGCUGCUUGCAAAAGUUAUGGAUCAAAAGAUAAAGAGAAAGAACGCCUUAAGUUUAUCAGAACAGUAUCACACACGAAAAACAAAAUGUUAGAUGCGGAAACGGAUUUACAAAGGCCGAUAAAGACUAUGGACGUUAAUAAUGUAGGAGAGUUGCAACGGAAGAUGGCACAGCGUCUUGCGCUGCUUAAUGCAGCAAUAGCGUCACUCGUGAAGGCCACAACGGUUUCAGAUGACGUUGACUACAGUGCUGCGGAGCAAUCCAUCAGUUCCAUUACGAAGUUGAUUCCGGGCGUGAUAGAAGAUACGAAGUUACUGAGCUCGUUGAAAGACGACAGGGCACAACGGGCAAUGCUGACCGAGCUGAAAAUUCUAUUUAACGCAACCAGUGAUAUAUGCAAGCAUACAGAACAAGGCAAUGCACAGGCUAUCAAUGAUAUGGCUUUGAAGUUUGCGGAAGCAUCUGGAAAACUGAGUUUAGUCUUUAAUCCGCAGCAUUCUGCGCAAAAGAAUGAUAUAGCAGAUUUGUCUAAAGCAGCAUACGAUAAAGCAUCAAAGAUGCUGGUAAAUGUGCAUCAGCUUUCGAAAUCUGUGGGAGGAAAAGACUGUAGUCAUUUGGACGAGUGCGGCGUUAAAAUGGGAAACGCUGCAAAAUCACUGUUUACUACUGCGCAAAUUUUAUCAUCAUCCAUAGGUGAUUCUAAUUGCAACACUACUUUAAUUUCCGCAAUCGACGAUCUCUCUGCAUCUUCCCAAGAAUUGACUUCAGCUUUGAGUCCAAUCAAGCAAAAUAUCAAAUGCAAAAACACUAUAGAUGAACUUGAAAUGGAACAAGGAAAACUGGACUCAAUGUUGAAUGAUUUGCGUGCAGCGUGUAAAGAAAUAAAUGCUAUUGAAAAUGAUCCUGAGCUGCAUACACAAGAUGUUAUAAAGCAGCAACAUACGUUACUCACUGAUAGUUCAACCGUCAAAAACGUUGCGCCUAAUAACAUUGAGAAAGAGUUACUGGAAGUAAAAGAUCUAUCCAAAAAGGUUAUCAAAACAGCAAGAGAAAUGUCAACAAAUGCAAGCGCGCUAGCUGAUUUAGUGGGAGGUACAGACCGUGACCAUCUACAUGAUUGCGGAGAGCGGAUGACCGAUGCUGCUCAAGUUUUGUACAAUACUGUAGCUAGAGUCAAUCAGUAUACUGAAGAAGUCUACGGUAAAUACAGUGUGUUAGCCGCAAUCGAUGCUGUCAGCGCUUCUUCGUUGGAACUGGGUGCUGCGUGGAGUCCAAUAGAAAGGAAUGCAGUACACAGUAAGAUUAUAGAGGAACUGGAACAAAAAGAAGUUGAAUUGGAUGAUGCUUUAAAAAAGAUGAGAGCAUCGAGCGAACAUAUGAUUGGUGUACAAGAUGAAGCGUAUGCAUCCGGCGAGAAGAUGAAACAGUGGUUGAAGCUAAUAAAAUCUAUGUCAGAUGUUAAAUGUACCUUGCAAAAGGCAUCGAGGGAGCUUGAUAAACCUGUGACUGUUAUGGAACACGCCGUGAAGUCACCGGAGCUGCAGCGUAACAUGGCCCCGUGCUUAGCUCAACUUAACUCCGCCACAGCUUCGUUGAUACGAUCUACCGUCGAUCAGGUGAAUCCAAACUACAACGAGGCGGAUAAAGCUAUCAGAAAAAUUGGUGAAUUGAUACCCGACAUUAUUCACAAUUCCAAUGCUUUAAGCGUGCCAAAGGAUGAUGUAACCAGGCAAAAUAUGGCUACCGCGCUUAAGGCUCUCUGUGAAGCUACAAGAGAAAUCUGCUUGGAAGCAGAAUUUGGCCACAUUAAAAACGCAUAUGAUCCAAUUUCUAAGUUUGCUGAUGCCUCGAGCAAAUUAUGCUACGUGUUUAACCCACGAGCCGACAUAAAGAGAGAGAAUUUGAUCGUCAAUUUAUCUAAAUCUAGCUGUAACAAGGCGUCAGUGCUCCUCUCGCAAGUGUAUCAACUCGCUGAGAGCACGGGAGGGGAAGAAGGUGCAGAGUUGGAUAAAAACGGAGCAAAAGUGGUUGAUGCAGCACAAUCAUUGCUUACUACUGCAGAGAUUAUAGCUUCAACCAUCGACGAUCCUCACUGUCAAGCCACACUUAUGUCUUCGACAGACGAAUUAACUUUCUUGUUACACCGGUUAGCAGAUUGUUGGUCAAUCUUGCUACAAGAUCCCAACAGAAAAAGUUUAAAGGACCAACUGAACAGUGAAAAGUCAGAACUUGAAAGUGCAAUCGACGAGCUGAGAGCAGCGUGCAAGGAUGCAGCUGAUGUAACGUUAAAGCCAACAAAGCCGGUAAAGCCACCACCUCCAAAAAGAACAUCUUUAAUAGAUGUGGGCCAAAAGUAUCUUCAAGACGAGAAACUAAAAUUAGCCAAAUCUGUGGAUGAAGCAAUUAGAAGCAUUGCGCAUACAGAAGACCAAAUCAGAGAGAUGUACGAUCAAAAAGGUGUUGAUACGUCUUUGGAAGCUGCACAAACUGCAUCUCAACAACUUGAACGUAAACUUGUCCUAGCUAGCGUGGCGGCGUCGCAUCUCGUCUUUUGUAAUGAUCCUGAGAAAAUGAACUAUAAAGCGGCUGACAAGUCCUUGAAGAGUUUGUCGGAACUUUUUCCGACGAUUGUCAAAGAUAUGCGGGUACUCGGCAAUUCACAUAAUCUUCGAGCGAAAUCAAUAUUAGACGAUACGCUCGUAUUAUGCGAGGCUACGAGAGCUUUGUGUGGCGCUGCUAAUGAUAAUAGAGAGAAGCUGAAUGAAAUCGCAGUCGAUUUUGCAAAUAAAUCCGCCAAGCUACUCUAUACUAUUGGAACUGACGUAGAUCCGGAACAAGAAAAAGAGGUGAUUUCCCGUGCGAGAGUGAUCGGAGACUGUGCGUCGCGGCUCACGAGCUGCGGCGCGGCGGGAGUUCACCUCGCGGAGGACUCGCGUGCGCAGCGGCUGUGCCUCUCCGCGAGCUGCUGUGCCAACGCAGCCAGCAACUUGCUCUACAUUGCUAAGCUUGUAGCACCUUCAAUCCAGUACCCGGAGAGUCAAAACAUUCUUUUAACGGCCGCUGACCAACUAUCAGGACAAGUGAAACAAUUUUUAUCUAUUUCGACUCCCCUGUCUUCCCAGCAAGAACAGUUAAAUUUUGUCAAAGAUUUUGAAACUGAAGGGGAGAAUCUGGAAAGGCUACUAAGUGAUCUAAUACAAGACGUGAAAAACGAAAAACUGGUAAAGAAAAGGAAAGAAGAGAUUUUAAUGAUUGAGGACUCUCCAAUACGACAAUUGGCUUCGAAAAUUCUACAAAAUUAUAAGACUUAUGUGGAAUAUCCUGACCUGCCCAUGGAAGAAAGAAGAAAUCAUGCUUACUAUGCAGAUAAGUUGACUGUCGCAAUAAAGGAACUGGAUGUUGCUAAUGCUCAUUGCCGGAAUUCUCCUCAGGAUGCAAACAUCCUUCGUAGAUUGGAAAACGCAACUCAGAACUUGCAGCAAACAUUGCUGCAGUGUCGUCGUGGACACGGGAAGGAGCAAAGUAACAUCGUCGAUUUAAUGGAUUUUGUUCAAGACGUUCUUUCAAAUAUUGAAAUGUUAUCAGAGACAAAGAAUGAAGCUAAUGGAGAACAUUGCAGAAAACAGUUACAGGACAUCAAGGAUGAAUGUGACAAGAUGUGGAAGCAUGCAAGAAAACUGACCAACCCUACUGAACCUCGCGGGGAAGGAAGUCUAACGGAUGACUUGGUGCUGAUUGAUGCUUUCGCUCAGGAUUGCAGUAAAGCUGCUUCACGUGUUUAUUCGUGUGCAAAGACUGUUCCUGAUGUACAGUCACGAAGGCAAUUGGAAAUUAAAACACACAGAUUGACUGACAGUGUGAAUAUAUUAAGGUUUGCAGUAAAAAGCGCUUUAGCGACAGCAGUCAGCGCUUCCCUGGAUGAAUGUCUGCAUGAUCUUACUGAACUAGAAAGCAGAAUCGAUAAUAUGUUACAGCCGACUGAAUCGUUACGUACGCCUCAAUUCAACAAGGAGGGUAGUUCGACUAUUGCGGCCUUAUGCUGCGUGGCUGCAUCUCCUCGCAGUUCAGCGACGACGCUGACGCCAGCUCUUAUUACAUACGUCACGGAAAUGCGGAUGCGGACGAAUCUGAACGAUCCACAGGAGAAACACAAGUUGGAAAAACAUCUUAAAAAGUUACUGAACUUGCUGAAGUCGCUGAUGAUGACAACGAGCAGGCGCACGGCUACCUGGCAGGAACAGGACGACGGUGAAGUGAUGACCAUCGGUAAUCAAAUAAUUCAGGAGUUGGAAAAUCAAGAAGAUGUUGGAAGUAAUAAAGAAAAGCAAGGAUAUAAAGUUAUAGAUAGUCUUGACGUAAGACGACUUCUUCUGCCACCUACAGACAAACAUUUAAAAGGCAAUAAAAAUGAACUCGGCACAAAAUUAUAUCAGACUGCUUCUAAAUUAAACUCGAUGAUGGGGACCAUAAUGUCCAGUAUCCAAACACCUGCCACGCUGUCCAAGAGUCUCCACGCCACUGCAAAUGCUGCAUUAGACCUGGCGAUAUUAGCUCGUGGUCUCCGGAACACUGAGAAUCGCUUACAGAGCAACCAGAUAGAAGAGUCAGCGAGAGAAAUGUGUUUUGCCACUUUCAACCUUUUAAAAGCAGCGGAGAAAGUUGCUGGUGAGCCGGAUCGUCCAAAUUCAAGAUGGCGACUUUUUGAUGCUUGCCGAUCUCUGAAUGACUCCAUAAAUAAAUUAAUUAGAGCUACAGAUUCUAGGCGAGAAGAUAACGAAGUGAUACGUAGUUUGCAGCUUCAGCUGAAUUUCCUCCAAAGUCUGCAGCCGACGUGUGCCUUGAACUAUGAGGAAUGCGUUGAAGCUUUGCAGAAUCAAAGUGAUGUCAUAUAUAAGCUUAAGAGUAGUCACGAAAUGUCCCAUGAAGAGGGCACAGCUACCCUCCAAUACAUUACGUCUACUGUUUGCAACACUUCGGAGUACGCGAUGCAGUGCGCCUAUCUAAUUUCAAUAUGCGAUAAGUACAAGAUUAUGGCCAAAGAUGGACUGUUUGAUGUAACAGGACUCCAAAAACUUAUGACGUCCAUACAAGAUAAUUGCGUAAGAAUAAUCUGCUUGGGAAACAUUAGCCAGGCUAAGGAUUUUGAAUCAGAAUUAAAAGAAAAAGGACGCCAACUACAAGAUGCAAUUAAUGAAUCAAAAGGAAAAAUUGAAGAUAUAACUGUUGAGAAGGAAAUUACUGAAAUAACUACCGGAAUAAAUACUGCUAUAGAGGAAUUUAAAAAAUUGGUACACGUACCUAAUACUAAUAUGACAACAAUAACCAGAAUUACACUCAAAAUUUUGGACAGUUUAGCCGCUCUUAGUGUCAUCAUCAAUCACCCAAGUCUAGUGCCGAAUGUAAAAGAAUUUUCAACGGACAGCCGCAGUGCAUGCGAAGAUGUAAUCAACAACUCCAGGGAGCUGCUAAAUAAAACUAUUUCAUUCGUGAAAGAAACGAAUCAUUCCUCCGCUGGGAUAAAAUCUUGGGCUACGUUCGACGCCAGCAGAACGUCUGUUCUUCAAGCAUUCGAUGCGCUGAUGAACAGCGUUAGGGAAAAUGGUCGCCGUGCUGGUCUACUCCAAUCAUCUCAAACUGAGGAAGAGGAAUCAGAAGAUCAAAAGAAGAAUUAUAUUGCAAUGCAAGUGGAUUUGGCAAAGAAUUGGCUGCAAAGUCCAACAUCAAAGGAAGAAGCGAAAUUGUCCGGAAUCGAAGGAGUUAAUAAUGUGGUUAAGAUCGCUAAUGAGAUGACUGAAGACCUGAAAGGCUUAGAGAAAGAUGAAAUGCGACAGGUGAUUGAUGAAGUAGAAAAGCUAGCAAAAGAAUGUUCGCUCAAACAUAAUAAAGAAAAGUCCAGUCUUUUAUUGGAGAGGUUAAUGGAGCUAAAGAAAAUGCUAGAACGAGUUGUUGUGACGAGGGUUGUCGAAGAUUUCCUUGAAGACGAUACUCCUCUGGGUGAUCUUGAACUGUUGGUAGAUGUUGAGAAAGACGAAGCGAAACGCAAAUACCUUCUAGAACAGAAGAUAGCCGAACUGUUAGCGCAGAUGAAUCGCAUCACGCGGACCGCACGUCUCGUCGCCGGCACAGGGUCGGCUCACGUUCAGAGCGAACUCACGCAACACACACAGCAGGUUGAACUUUUAGCGCCAUCUUUAGUGAAAGCUACACAGGAGAGAAUUAACUCGCCGCACCAUCAAGAAAUUAUCGAUAACUACAAAGCUGUAAUGGCUCAGUAUGCUGAGUCCAUCUCCAAGGUCCGCAUACUUUGCGAUCGCUCUCUUGAUCCUGUAGAUUUUGUGCAAGCUGCAGGUGAAACAAUGCAGCGUAUGCGUGACGAAUACUCCGGACAAGACGAUCCACUAAGAUCUGGUCAUGCAACUAACAUUAUUACCAGACUGGGGCAACGAGUGGUGGAUGUGGGGCUGAGCUCGCGGCGCGCGCUGCGCGAGCCCGAGCUGCGGCGCGCGCUGCAGCAGGCGCAGCGCCGCCUGCCACGCCUCUCCGUCACGCUCUCCGCUCCGCUGCACUGGACGGACCUCACCGCAGAGAUCUUGAGGAUAACUGGCGAAGUGGAGUCCGCUCUAUCCGGUGAAAAUAUCUUCCAAAAGCAACUAGAUUCGAAUCAGCCGAUAUUCGCAGCCGCUUUGGAUCUUCACGCUGCGGUACGAGAGUGGUCAGCCAGGGACAAUGAGAUAGUGGCGGUGGCUAAACGAAUGGCUGUGCUAAUGGCGCGCCUCUCCGACUAUAUGAAUCACGAUAAGAAACGAGAGGUGAUCGCCACGUCGAAAGCCAUAGUGAAAGCCUCAAGUGAAGUAGCGGCAUUGGCCAGGAAACUAGCGCUAGAGUGCACGGACGUGCGCAUCAGAAAUAACCUCCUGCAGGUAUGCGACAGGAUACCAACCAUCAGCGGCCAAUUGAAAAUGUUGACAACGGUAAAAGGAUCGUUUUUGGGACGGCAAGGCAACCAAGAAGAUAAAGAGGCGUUAAGCAUGCUGGUUGGUAACGCUCAGAAUUUGAUGCAAAGUAUUCAAGAGGUGGUGAGUGCGGCAGCGGGUGCGUCCGUCAAGAUAAUGUCGCAGCGUGCGCGCCCACGCAUAAGAUGGGUCAGGAAAAACUACUACGCUUAG